AUGUCGUUCCCAGGCCGAGCGCAGGAGUUGUUCGGUAAAAAUGAUGCGAGUAGUAAAAAAAAUCAAACGAAACGCCUUGAUAGCUUUUAUUACGAAGAAGGCGAUGAUGGUGUUGACAACAGCAAUAAAAACAAUAACAACAUUAAUAACAACGUGAACAACAACACGAAGAAGAAUAGACACAAGUUAGCCGCGCUCUUUUUAGUCGCCUUAACUUUGGAAAACACGGCAUCUAUGCUCGCCAGAAGGUACGCGGUUGGGAUUUUACAGUUGGAUUUUUCCAAGAACGUCGUCUUGUGUGUCAACGAGUUCCUCAAACUCUUGUUUUCGCUUGGCAUGAAAUAUCGAAAAACGGACAUCAAGAGUUUCGCGAGGCUGAAAACACACAUUUUCGAGAGGGUGGUGAAAACGGCGACGCCAAUGCUGGUACCAGCGUUCGUGUAUUUAGUGGUGAAUUUAAUUUCUUAUCCUUCGUUGCAACGCGUGGACGCGUCGGUGUUCACGGCGAUAUCAAAUUUGAAGGUAUUAGCGACGGCGAUAUUCGCGCAGAUUUUGCUCAAUUCGAGAAUAUCAAACCGUGUGUGGAGAACGUUGACGCAGUUAGUCUUAGGCGUGACUUUAAUUUCCUGGGAAUCGUCGCCGAAUAAUCCGGUCAUUCACAAGCGCGUACAUCAAAAUUGGUACGAACACAUCAGCGAUAUGUUUGAUUUAUCCUACGCUUUCGGUGUAUUUUUAGCGCUCGUACAAACGAUGUUAAGCGGGUUCGGGUCGGUGUAUUUCGAGAAAGUGUUGAAGAAAAGGACAAAAGAAGACGAGGAAGAGAAUUUAGGUAAGAAAUUAGACGUGGAGUCACCGUCGUCGGCGUCUUUGGCGAAGUCAUCAUCGCCGUUUUCUUCUUCGACGGAACUCGACGUUUGGGAUAGAAACAUUCAGCUGGCGUUGUGUUCAAUUCUGAUAUACGUGCCGAUAUCAAUCUACGAGACGAAAGGAAACCUCUUCCAAGGAUGGACCUUUCUCGUUAUAUUCAUAGCAGCGUUGCACGCUCUUGGUGGAAUAUUAGUCGCACUGUCUGUUUUAUAUUCCUCCUCGGUAACGAAGACGGUCGCGGUGUGCGCGGCUUUGGUAUUAACGACAGUUUUUGGUCACAUUUUGUUCUUCGAACCGUUGAACGGUCCGAUAUUGCUGGGGUGCGCGAUGGUCAUCAUUUCUGUGUGGGCAUACAAAGACGACGCGUACGUGGAAGCAAAGCUUAGAAGCGCAGGAUUCGUAGUGUAA